CUAGUGAUGCUAUACAUCUACAGCAAUACAUAUAUCUGCAUUAAUUUAGAAACCAGUGUCAACAUCCUUGUUGCAGAAGCUAAUACUCUUUCAGUAUUCACACUUAAUUAAAAUGUGACACGUCUCACACUUUAAGUCAAUCUUCUGUGCCCUGGGGAGCUGGGAACAACUGCUGUGCUGAGCAGGAUACAAGAGAGGGGAGAAAACACUUAAAUUGCAGAUUUGGCUUUGUUGUAUACAAUCAAGAUAAAGUUGAGAUAUAUUUAGGUUGGAGUUUCUACAGAAAAGAGGAUGACUCCCAUUUUAAUUAAAGGAGGCUCUUGAACUGUGACUCCUGGACAACCCCCCUUCACAAGGAAGUAAAGACUCGGAUGAGCGCUCCUAUUGUCAUUCUUGUUGAGCUCACCGAGUAGACUACUUGCAUAUUCCACAUUCUAUCAGUUUACCAAUUCUUUAAAAAAAAAAUCAGUGUUUGUAGCCUACAUAGCCUGCUCUGUGAAACUAAUGUUCAGAAUUCCGCUAUGUUAAAUAUAUUUUGCUAUGUAUUGUGACAUUAGACUAAUGUAAGUGAUCGUAGUGAAAACAUUAUUUGACCGCUACCUAAGGCAGUUCUAAAGCGAUGCCUGGGAACUGACAUGGUUUCAGCUAGGUCCUAUCACUGAGCUCUCUUACCCCCAGCACCACUGGGCUUCGGUGCGGUAGAGGUACCCAUAGAUACAGAGUGGGAAGGCACGGCGCUUCGUCUUUUAGGCUACUUAUCUUUAUUGGUUUGAGAUAUUUGAUAACUUUCCUCUCGGACAACGAUCACAUGGGCUUUACAACAAGGAGCGCGGAGAAGUUUGAGAACAACUGCAUGCUGACACUGAGCAAACGCGAACAUAGAUUCGUCAUGUCCACCAGCCCAACGUGUUCGGUCUACCCACCAGUGAUGUUUAUAACCAGGUUUGACUCUGGCAAAAGUGUGUCUUCUACGUUCUAAGAGGACCUUUUCGUAUUUUCCUGAACUUUGCCAACUUGAAAAUGAGUGGCUUUCGUAGAUUCCUAAGGCGACGUGUACACCCAUGGAAGCUGGCCAUUGUUGCCCUGGUCUUUGUCACAUUUCUGUUGCUAAUCCAACGGGAGGUGGUCAGCCAAGGUCCUCAGGAGGAGCCAUGGCUGAAAGAGAUUGUGGUCAAGCGGGACGCUGUGUUGGGAAUGGUCAUGGGGGCGGUCAAUAACUUCAGGGACUCCAUGCCAAAGAUGCAGAUCAAAGCUCCUGUCCAUCAGCCUGAGGUACGUGGUGAGCAGUCGUGUUUGCCUGGGUACUACACUGCAGCUGAGCUCAGGCCGGCCCUCGAGCGCCCGCCCCAAGACCCCAGUGCACCCGGAGCAUCGGGGAAGCCCUUCCACACGGAGAACCUGGGGCCAGUCGAAAUGAAGGAGAAAGAAAAGGGUGAGGCAAAGCACUGCUUCAACCUGUACGCCAGUGAUCGCAUCUCCCUCAGUCGAGACCUUGGACCAGACACCAGACCUCCAGAGUGUAUCGAGCAGAAGUUCAAGCGCUGCCCCCCGCUGAUGACCACCAGCGUGAUCAUUGUUUUCCACAACGAGGCCUGGAGCACACUGCUGAGGACCGUCUACAGCGUGCUCCACUCCUCGCCGGCCAUCUUCCUCAAGGAGAUCAUCCUGGUGGACGACGCCAGCGAGGACGAGAGGCUGAAGGAGGAUCUGGAUGAGUAUCUGAAGAGGCUGCACAUCGUGCACGUGGUGCGUCAGCUCGAGAGGAAGGGCCUGAUCACGGCCCGACUGCUGGGAGCGUCAGUGGCCACCGGGGACGUUCUCACCUUCCUAGACGCCCACUGUGAGUGCUUCCAUGGCUGGCUGGAGCCUUUGCUGGCCAGGAUAGCGGAGAACUACACGGCUGUGGUGAGCCCUGACAUCACCACUAUCCAUCUGGACACGUUUGAGUUUGUAAAGCCUUCACCAUACGGGCAGAACCACAACCGAGGAAACUUUGACUGGGGGUUGUCCUUUGGCUGGGAGACCUUACCUGACCACGAGAAACAGAGGCGAAAAGAUGAGACGUAUCCCAUCAGUACACCAACAUUUGCCGGAGGGCUGUUUUCCAUCUCAAAGGACUACUUCUACCACAUUGGGAGUUAUGAUGAGGAGAUGGAAAUCUGGGGAGGUGAAAAUAUUGAGAUGUCCUUCAGGGUGUGGCAGUGUGGUGGCCAGCUGGAGAUCAUCCCCUGCUCCAUCGUGGGCCACGUCUUCCGCACCAAGAGCCCCCACACCUUCCCCAAGGGCACCCAGGUCAUCGCCCGCAACCAGGUGCGUCUGGCCGAGGUCUGGAUGGACAGCUACAAGGAAAUCUUCUACCGGAGGAACCAGCAGGCUGCCCAGAUGGCCAGGGAGAAGUCGUUUGGCGAUGUCUCGCGCCGCGUGGACCUCCGGGAGAGACUGCAGUGUAAGAGCUUCUCCUGGUAUUUGAAGCACGUCUACCCCGAGGUGUUCAUGCCCGAUCUCAAUCCCCUUCAGUUUGGCGCAGUGAAGAAUGUGGGCAAAGACGCCUGUCUGGAUGCCGGAGAGAACAAUGAGGGAGGCAAGCAGCUGAUCAUGUACCCCUGCCACGGCAUGGGGGGCAACCAGUACUUUGAGUUCUCAACACGUCACGAGGUCCGGCACAAUGUUCAGAAGGAGUUGUGUUUGCAUGGGACGGAGCGCACAGUCAAGCUGGAGGAGUGCCAGUUCAAAGGUCACAGCACAUUUGUGGGAGGAGAGCAGAAGUGGGAAUUAAAGGAGAAUCAGAUGUUUUUCAACUCUGGGUGGAACCUGUGUUUAAGCGCUAGAUAUGAACAUCCCUCUCUAGUGCCCUGCAAUGCUGCGGACCGAUACCAGCAGUGGCUCUUCACCUGAACCCUGUGGAGAUCUCUGAACAUUUGAACUGUAGAUUCAGAUUUUUAAUUUAUUUUUUUUAUAUAUAUUGAAUAAUUGCUGCUGGGAGUGUGGAACCUACAAAAACACCAAUAUGAACACAGAAAGUGCCUUCAAGGAGGAUGCACACAGUGUAUGCUGGAACAGAACUGGGCUAGACUGAAGCCUGAUUUUAUUUUUCCUCUUUUGUGCGCUCUUUUUUUUUUUUUUUACCAUUUUGUACAUUGGGAAGCAAAUUGUUUAUAAUGAAGUUCACAAAGUCUUAGGAGUUUAGAUGAAACUGAUGAAAAUCUUCUAUCAUUUCAGUAGGGUGCUCCACUUCCUUUAUGCUUGAAGAUGUGUCCUACAGGUUUCAGUCAGUCAACUUUGGGAGAUGCCCCUUGUUUUGUUUUUAAGACUGAAUACAUUCUUUGUAGACUACAAACUUUUAAGGGUAGGGAAUCUCCAAUUGAAACUGUUAUACUAUUUUGUGCAAAGCACCAAAGAUUGCUUUUAAGUGUUGAUAAAAGAACAUUUCAUUUCAACAUUGUUUAGAUAUGUCAGUGGCAGAUGGGACAUCUUGUCAAAACAUUUUCUUUGGUGGUUCUGUAAGAUAAAUGAUGUGGUAUGAGUUUACCAUGAUGUGGACCCUCAUGCAUUGUCCAGUUUACAGUGUAGAUUUUGCUAAUUCACUCAUUGUUCCCUUUUUCAUUUAGGAGGGUGGGUGAUAUGUGAAAAGUUUUUUUUUUUUGUUUGUCUGUCAGCUUGAGAUUUUAGUAAAUUUUUUAAGGAAAAAUGUUUCCCCUCUCUGGACUUAUUUUGAAGUCUAUUUGUAUGUCAGAUUUAUAGCAAUAUUCAGCCUGUUCAGUUUUAGGUAGAACAUUCUAGCAUUAGGAAAUGAAGGACCCUUGUUAUCUGUCAGGUUUUGUUUUUGCAUAUCUAAUAUUAUGGUUUAUUUUCUUGAGUCACGCAAACAGUUUUCUAUUUAAGCAUUCCAGUCACGUUGAUGCCUUUACUCAAAUGCCUCCCUUCACUGAUGGCCUGUUGAAAGGACAUGGUGUGCCUAUCUGACGCGCAUGCAAAAUCGGUUUUACCCGGUGGAUUGCGCUCAGAGAGAGUGAGAGUGAAGUCCUGCGAUUAAACCAAACAAGUCACGACUGACCCCCCUGUGACCUUAGACCCGUGGUUGUGCUGCAAUCAAAACACGAGCUGAAUGUGACAUGUAGCCUACCCACUGCUCCACAUCUGUUCUUGAAGACACACUAGCUGUUAACGCCGUUGUCAAGCAGACACAAACACGUAGGCCUAUCAUGUGCUGAAUAAAUUGCUGCCGUCUGAUUGUGAAUAUUUGAAAUCCUUUUACUUUAGUCAACAUCUACCAUUUAAGCAAAAUUCUUAAGUUUUCCAUCUGAGAGGAUAAAUGGAUCGAACUGAUGCCUUUGCUUGACCCCUUACUGUUUAUUCACCUAGUUAUGGGUGUUUCAUGACAUUUUAGCGUUUCCAUUUACUGCUAUUCCGGCAGACAAUGUAUGAAGCCUAAUAAUGUGCCUAAAAAAACAGCCGACAGUGUUGCCCUUUUUGACUUGCCGUUUUUAUAUUUUAACAGCAGAGGGCGCUCUGGUAAAUAUCUUUAUUGGCCCUUGCUGUGAUUGAGGCCAAAAUAAUUUAUUUUAGGUUAUGGCUCCUAGCAAAUCAGUAACACAGGGUCUGGAAUUUCUGGAAUAUCAUGGAAUUUUGGAAAGUCUAUUCUAGACAUGUAAAGUCAGGGUAUUUUUAUCGUUUUUGGGGCAAAGUCAUGGAAUAUCAGGGAAUUUUGUUUAGUUUUAAAUGCACUUGCCAUAAUACAAAUAUUUACAUGCA